AUGAGGAUCUAUUGCACCGAAGUGAUGGAAUCCAGCUGUCCAGUUCUCCAGCCGGGACAGUGUGAGCUACUGCUGCGCGUCAACGUUGACAACCAUUAUUUUGUUGUAAAGAAAGGUCUUCUCGCUCAGCACUGUGAGUACUUUCGAGCCUUGUUCCAGUCAGGAAUGAAGGAAUGCCAGAAGGAUGAGAUCUGCCUGCAAUGCGUGGGACUUCUGGGAUUUGGAGUCAUGCUAAAAGUCCUGGAAGGGAGUCAACCGAUGCUCAACGGCGACCAAAUCGUAGAGGCGAUUGAGUGCACGGCCUUUCUUCAAGUGCCCCUUCUGACCAAGCAUCUUAUCAACAUCAUUGACUCAGAAAAUUGCUUGCUGAUGUUCCACACUGCUUCUACCUACGGAGUUUGGGAGCUUUUCCACGACUCGGCUCUUUUUAUACGAGACAUACCCAACCAACUACGCUACAACCUCACACUUGUCGGCCACGAAGGAUGUCUCUUUGCGAUUGGAGGGGAGUGCGAACACAAAGAGUUGACAUCGGUUGAAAAGUAUCAAGUUGGAAACGGUUGCUGGACUGGUAAAGGCGUCACAGAGGUUUUCGAGUACUUGCCGCAGAAAGAUCAAUGGAAACUGGAGACCACGCUUGUCCGCGAACAAAGCUACGGACUUUGCAUGGUGGGGCAUAGGGACAACCUGUACGUGAUGCGGAAUGGGCCCUGCAAUGACUUCUUGCUAUGCGUCAUGGAUUGUUAUAAUCUAAAUUCGCGCCAGUGGACCGCCAUGCCGGGCCAGUACGUCAACAGUAAAGGUUCUUUGUUCACUGCGGCGGUGAGGGGAGAUUCUGUGUUCACGCUAAGCCGCAAAGUGACCACAGAAUACACAAUAGAGGAUUACAAGUGGAGGAGCAAGCGUGAGAUGAGUGGUUUUGGGAGGAUUGGAUCUAUUUAUACUUUUCUCAUGAGACUGCCUCAGGCCACGCUCUCUCUCACAGAAAGGUCAACCGUGAGCGCGCCCACACAUAGAUCUGGAGACAUCGUUGGGCAUCGAAGAAACUUGGUGAGAUGUGUGGAAAAUAUUUGA